GCACAAACCAAUUCGGAAAAUAAAAUUAUUAUUCUCGUAUAAUAAUACUACAGCCGGAAACGACGCCGUCAUGGAGAUGAAGAAGGUUUCGUGUGCAGUCCUCUUCGCCGCCGCCGCCAUGAGCGCGGUGGUCGCCUCCGCUCAAGAUUCUGCAGCCCCGGCUCCCGGGCCAGCCAGCUCCUCGGCCGCCGCAGCCCUCCCCGCCGUCGGAGCCUCCAUCUUGUCGCUCUUGGCCUAUUACUUGCACUAAUUGAAUCGUUCGGUAUAUUUGAAGAAACGCAGAAGAGGAGAGGAGGGCAUGUUUGGAUGAUUUGAUUUCGCAAAUUUGUUUUUUUCAUUUUUCAAACCCUUCUUCCCCUUUCUUUCUUCAUGUGAUUCUCUUCUUCUUCCUCCCUAUUUCAUAUUGAUCCAUUGACAUGCAAUAAAACAAAUUUCGCAUUUGUUAUUA